GAAAGGGCUUCUCCUGGCAGGGGGAAAGAAUUUGCCCAAGGCAAGUUGACUCCACGUUGCAGCAGAAGCCGCCACGAAGCAACAGGUGUCAAAACAUUAAUUGGUAAAAUUCUGUUUGACAGCUAAGAUUAGCAACAUGGAACGAGAAACCAGCGGUCUACGCGGGCGCGUUGAAGAUAAACCAAUUUGCCAUCUCAAAAUCCUGAGAGACAAUCGCCUUCUUAACACACUUCCUGGACGUGCCAUAGCACCUUCGCGUACACCUACACAAUCAAAAAUUUUGACGGAUACCAUGAAGAUUCAAUUCACUUACCUCGCCAUCCUUGCCGCUGCCGCUGGGGUGAAGGCGGCUCCUAGUAAUACCGAUUCAAUAAAGUGCAAACCGACAUGCUACCCUACUGAGGCUUCCUGCACGGGAGACUGGACGCCCUUCUACAUCGAUGAAGACAGAUGCUAUGAGUGCUGCAUUUUGGUUCUGAAGAUCAUACAUGUGUGGAUGCUAAAUUUGGGCGCCAUUGGUUUGGCUGUCAUUGGUAGGAGCCUUUACCCGAACGGUCGUCCUGAGAUGAAAGCAGCAAUCCUUAUCGGAUGCGCAACCAUCGAACCACCGAAGAAUACCCCGGAUAGUGCAUUGUGUGAUAAAAUCCUUGGUGAUGAACGUCAGGAGGAUGUCGUAGUUGUCUACCGCGACCAAGUCGACGGUAACGGCAACCGAGACUAG